UUUGAACGGAGAGGCGGCAAAGGAGGUCGCGGCGGCGGGGAGGCGGCGAGUGGGAGGGGCCAGAGUCCGGAGCUCGAGCCCGGCACCGCCCACACUCCCGCACUCACUGCGCCCGGCGACAUGGGCUCCAGGUCGGAGCAGCUGCUCAUCGUCGUCUCCAUCCUGGAAGGACGGUAUUUUCCAAAACGUCAUCGACACAAAAUUGUUGUUGAAGCCCGGUUUGAUGGAGAGUUACUGGCCACAGACCCGGUUGACCAUAAAAGUCAGCCUGACUUUGUUACGGAACUUGCCUGGGAACUUGACAGAAGAUCAUUGUAUCAGCACAGGUUACAACGAACACCCAUCAAGGUGUAUUGUUAUGCAAUUGAUUCUUUUUCAUCAGCGAAGGAGUCGGUAGGUUACAUAAUUUUGGAUCUGAGGUCUGUUCAAGAGGGUAAGCAGGCUCUUAAAUGGUAUUCCUUGCUCAGUAGCAAGUACACAAAAAGUAAGCCCGAAAUCAAGAUUGGCAUUGUCUUGGAGACUGAUGCUAAACCACAUGUGGAAGCCUUUAAAGCUAGAGAGGCACCACCAAGGGAAGGAAAAGUAAUAGAAACAUUGCCAUGUUCCUUGCUGGAUGUGGACCCCAAAUCUCUAACAGCUAUUCUAAAUGAAGAAGAAAGCUACUAUCAGAUUGGUCCUGGAGAGUACUGCACUGAUUUAUUUGUGCUUUCUGUGACAAUUGCAUUUGCCACACAACUAGAGCAGUUAAUUCCAAGUACAAUUAAGCUUCCAGAUGAGCGACCUGAAUUUUUCUUUUAUUAUUCUUUGCUGGGAAAUGAUGUCACCAAUGAUCCUUUUACUGACCUAAUAAACCCAAAUUUUGCUCCUGAACGAGCUUCAGUGAAGAUUCGGAGUCAAACAGAAAUUCUGCGUUUAUUCUUCGCUUCACAAUCAAAUCUGCAGAUACAUUUGUGCUGUGGAGACAGGUCACUGGGCAGCACAGAGAUAUCAUUAGCAGGAUUAUUAAAAGGAAACAGUGAAAUACUCAGGAAUCCUGCAGCUGUUGAAGGGGCCUUUACUUUGGUGCCACCGGAGAAAAAAAAACAGAAGUUACCUCCUCUGCCACUUGAUCUGUCACCUACAGUCGGAGUUUCAGUUGCUCUUAAAAAGGAAGGAAUCAUAUCUCAGCCAUCUAGUCCAGUUAAAACGGAACCUGAGCCCAAGUCUCCAGUUAUGCAGAGAAUUAUGUCUCCUCAAAAUGCAAAGACUCCUGACCAAGGCAAGCCUUGCUCUGCUGACCAGGUGACAAAGGUCGUUGAAGCUGGAAGUUUGACGCCUGAGCGUAGUGAUUCUCCUCCCAGCAGAGAUCAGGCAACAGAAAAUGAAGCAAAUAGUCUGCAAGAAGAGGCGAACAAGAAGACUCACAAUGCUCCUGCAUUGGACUCCCAGUUUCGUCCAGCUCCAGCUACUAAUGAAUCUGAUUCUACGUCAGCACCAAAGAUCUCCAUUCCGGCAUCAGCACACCAUUUCUGCUUUGCUCUGGAUAUAAGAAGUAUUGCACAGUUGGAUGUAACUUUUGCCAUAAACUGCAUAGUAAGAUAUACCUACCCAUUUUUUGGAACUGCGGCUCCAAUCAUGACAAAUCCUCCAGUAGAAGUAAAGAAAAAUAUGGAAGUGAUCCUUCCUCAGUCAUUUUGUGCAUUUGACUUUGCAGCACCACCUCAUCAAUUGCAAGAUACAUUUUUCAGGUUACCAUUGUUGAUUGAAGUGUGGCACAAGGAUAAGAUGACUAAAGACGUGUUGUUGGGAAUAGCAAGACUGAAAUUGUCACACGUUCUAACAGUGGAUAAAACCCGUUUUUUGGGUCUAUCAGGUGAUCAGUGUUGGCGUCAGACAUACAGUGAAAAGAUUCCAGUUGUAGCAGCACAAGGGACAAGUAACAAAAUUGCCGAACUGUAUUACUCCAUGACUUUGGAAGAUUAUGGUUUAGUGAAAACACAACAUAUCACUGUGUCUGAUUCUUCGCAGAGCGCAAAUAUUGGACUACAACAACCAUCUGAUCUUCCAACUAAGCCAGUUCAGGCUUCGGAGUUAGUCGCUGAUACUGAGCCACGUGAGACAAUGGAAUAUAAAGCGGCCUUUGAGUUGGAAAUGUGGAAAGAAAUGCAAGAAAAUUUGUUUGAGAACCAGUUGAAACAAAAAGAGCUGGCACAUAUGCAGACCCUUGGUGAUGAAUGGAAGAGGAGAGACAGAGAGAGGGAAGCUCUUGUGAAGAAAAAGGUGGUUGAAUAUGCUGCACUGGAGGAACAACUACAAAAAACUUUGGCAGAUUUGGAAGAAAGAGAGCGCCACCUUGGUAAUGGUGAAAUAGAGCUGCAGAGACUGCGGAAAGAAUUACAAGAUGAUCACGAUCGGAAGUUGCGCGAAAUGCAAGACACCACACGACGCUCCACUACAGAUGCUACCCAUCAGGUGGAAUUGGAAAGGUUGAAGUUCAAUCAGUUGCAAGACGAUAAGUUGCGUUUGCAGCAGCAACUCCAUGAAGCAGAACAGAAGUACAAACUGCUUGAGAAAGAGUUUCAUCAGUACAAGGAGCAGCAGAGCAGCAAGCCUGAAAUUCGACUUCAAUCAGAGAUCAAUCUUUUAACUCUAGAAAAGGUGGAACUUGAAAGGAAAUUGGAUUCAGCCACCAAAUCCAAACUGCAUUAUAAGCAACAGUGGGGACGUGCCUUGAAAGAGUUGGCUCGCUUGAAACAGCGUGAGCAAGAAAAUGCCAUGGCAAGACUUAAGAAACAACAACAAGAACUAGAACAUAUGAGGCUACGAUAUCUUGCAGCAGAGGAAAAGGAAGUGGUUAAAACAGAGCGGCAAGAAUUGGAGGAGAUUAGGAAUGAAUUGAACAGGUUAAAACUGCAAGAUGAUAAAAAACAAUCCUCAGUGCAGCGAAAUCCUGUCAGUGGGGAAGAGGCUGGAGAUCACGUUCAACGUCCAGAUGAGGCCUUGGACAAUUAUCUCACUCGGCUCAUCGAAGAGAGAGACACUUUGCUGAGGACAGGAGUAUACACUCACGACGAUCGGAUUAUCCGUGAACUUGACAGACAAAUACGUGAAACUAUGGUGAAGAGAGGUGGUCAUACUUGAGGAUGGUGGUGUGUCAGUAAAAUCUUCGGAUAGCAAUUCCUAGGGUACCCACAUUUAUCCCUAUAAUUGCCUUAAUGUGGUUUGCUAAUUAUUUCCCUUUGGUAUAAAAUUGUUAUGAAUAUACCUAUUAUGAAGACUUCAAUCUUCUGAUAUCACUGGUUUAUUUUUUGACUUUUAUAGAACUUUGUGUUUUUGAAAACAUGUAAUAUUACUGAGCUAGAAAGUUUGUUUUAUAUGUACAGUGGUUUUGUACAGAGUGCUUUUUAAUCUAUCUGUAAAUAGCUAUAUUUGGAAAAUGUAUUCAAUUUCUUAAUAAAUUGUGAGUAUUUUUCUUUCAACGGACCACUUCGCUGAUAAAAUCCUACCAAUGUAAUGUUGAUAAAUAACGUCACGAAGAACAUUGUUCAUAAUAAAGACGACAGUUGAGCCA